AUGGGGACAAAUUUUAUAUUUCCCAAAGGAUCCAGGGUGUUAAAUGCAAUUGGUAGAGGGUGGUCACCGUUAAUGAGAGGGAUUCGAUGGUCUCUCGGUAAUGGCAAUAAAGCUAGGUUUUGGCGUGGCAAAUGGUGCCAUCUUCCGACGCCGCUGUACUUACUUGCGAUGGGGACAAUCCCGGAGGAUCAAUGGGAGCUGCCGGUGGCGAGAUUUGUGACCGAUGAUGGCGCAUGGAAUUGGACCUCUUCCGCGCGCCUGGGUGGGAAACAUUAUUUGGUGUCACUGUUUGGAAAAUAUGGAGUGGCUCAAAAGAGGCAUUAUUUGCGGAUAAAGAAUUUGUAG